UCUAAAUCGUGGCGAAAAUCUGCAAGGCGCAAGCGAUACACCGCAUCAACAGCGUUUUCUUUCUUCUCCUUUUUGAAAACCGUGGAGGCAUCCUUUCCCUGUUGAUCAAUUCCCAACUAUACAUUCUUCUCUCUUUACCACUCUACUACCGUCUACAAAGAGGAAGAGGAGAGAAAAACUAUAGACGCAACAAUGUUUGCUAUUCUGAUCUUUGUGUUGUUAUCUAUAACGGCGCAAUUAAAAGCUGAUCAUGGAUUCGAUGUCCGUCACUACCUGUCCACUGUAACAACAUAUGAUGUAGUGAAAGAUAUUGUCAAAGCUUCUGCUAAUAGCACUCCUGAUGGUUGCACUCCUAUCCACCUAAACCUUGUGGCAAGACAUGGAACUCGUUCCCCUACCAAAAAGCGAAUGAGAGAGUUAGACAAGCUGGCUUCUCACUUGGAAGAGCUCAUAAAAGAUGCUGAAGAACAAAAUUUGUCCUUGGAAAAAGUUCCCUCAUGGUUACGGGGAUGGAAAUCUCCUUGGAGAGGGAAAUUGAAAGGUGGAGAAUUGAUCAGGAAAGGAGAAGAAGAAUUGUACAAUCUUGGAAUCAGGAUCAGAGAGAGAUUUCCAGAAUUAUUUGAAGAGGAAUACCACCCAGAUGUUUAUACUAUAAAGGCUUCACAAGUUCCUCGCGCAUCAGCUAGUGCUGUGGCAUUUGGCAUGGGGCUGUUAAGUGAGAAGGGAAGUCUGGGACCUGCACGACAACGAGCUUUCGCUGUUACAAGUGAAAGCCGUGCGAGUGACAUAAUUUUGAGGUUUCAUGAUUGUUGUGGAAACUAUAAGGUUUUUAGGGAGAGGCAGGAGCCUGCUGUUGAUAAGCUUAAGGAACCUGUCCUGGAUGAAAUCACUUCUGCAUUAGUGAGCCGCUAUGAACUCAAUUUUACUAGACAGGAUGUUGCUAUGUUGUGGUUUCUGUGUAAACAGGAAGCAUCUGUCUUGGAUAUAACUGAUCAAGCUUGUGGUCUCUUCAGCCCUUAUGAGGUUGCUUUGCUGGAGUGGACAGAUGAUCUGGAGAUGUUUAUAUUGAAGGGUUAUGGUAAUUCAAUAAAUUAUCGAAUGGGAGUGCCAUUGCUUGAAGAUGUUGUUCAGUCCAUGGAGGAAGCCAUUAAAGCAAAAGAAGAAAAGCAUGCUCCUGGAAGUUAUGAGAAGGCAAGGCUGCGUUUUGCACAUGCAGAGACCGUGGUCCCAUUUUCAUGUCUGCUUGGACUUUUUCUUGAUGGUUCUGAAUUCCAAAAAAUACAAAGGGAAGAACCUUUGGAACUUCCUUCAAAACCUCCCCAGAGUAGAAAUUGGCGGGGCAGCACUGUGGCUCCUUUUGCUGGUAACAACAUGCUGGUCUUGCACAGCUGUCCUGCAAAUUCUGAAAGCAAGUACUUUGUCCAAGUUCUCCACAAUGAACAUCCCAUUCUGAUGGCGGGUUGUGGUUCUGAUUUUUGCCCAUUUGAAGAGUUUAAGGAAAAAAUAGUUGCUCCUCAUCUGAAGCACGACUAUAACAGUAUGUGCACUGUACACCUGGAAGCACCAGAGCAGAAGCCUGUAGCCAGUAAGUUAUCACAACUGUUUCGUUGGCUCUUCUCUAUGCAGAAUGAUGAUACACCGUCCACGAAAGAUGAUUUAUAGUUUGUUAUUGAAGAAUCAAAGAAAGAAGAUUUCUUACAUGCUACUUUUUCCUCCAUGUAUGCUGAUUUUCAGCCAAGGCCAGCUCUCCCUUUUAGCCGAGUGUCUUUUGGAUUGAUCUGAUUGUCUCACGGCACUGAACUUACCGGCACGAUUCUGAAUUCUGAUCUAUAGUAUUUUUUUCUGACAGAUCUGUGCCUCCUUUUAACAGUUCUACUCCCUUUUGUAUAUCUGAAAGGGAAAUAAUCUUGUAAUGUCAUGUAGAUCGCCUGAAGGCUUUAGACUUUAGUUUAAUACCAUCCCUUUUCUGCCA